AUGACCAAGGGAUCUUCGGGCUCCACCUCCAACUCCAACUCGGGCUCAGGCUCAGGCUCUGGUUCUGGGACCUCCGGCAGCGGUGGAGGGUACACGUAUACGUCGUCGGGGACGAAUAGCCAGGGCAACCACUACUGCUCCCGCGACUACGGCUCCAGUGCCUCCAACAGCAAUAGCUACCACUACUCCAAUGCCAAUGGAUCGUACUACUACAGCAACCCCAACGGGUCUACCUACUACAAUUCCGGGAACGGGUAUUCGAGGUACAAUUCUGGAAACUAA